AUAAUCUCUACGAGGAUUUCUCUUCUAGCUUGAGUGUUCUGACUAUAGUGGCAGGUCUUCCUGGUCUUACAGCAAAUAUCUUCACAAUUGCAGUUUUACUCAGGAAAGAGAUGAACAACUGUUUUAAUCAUAUCUUGAUUGCAGUCAAUAUCUGUGACAGUCUUCACAUCAUCUUCGCAAUCUGUGAUUCGGUUCGAAAUAGUUUCGACAGUUUGUACCCGCAGCUCUUCUUGGUACUUUUCCCGUACAUACACUACCCACUGUACAGAAUAUCUCUGUGUGCAUCUAUCUACCUGAUAAUUGGAGUUGCUAUAGAACGUUAUCUGGCAGUGUGCAGACCCCACCACUACAGAGAGGUUCAGACUCAGGGCAGUAGAGCAUUCCUUUAUAUUCUACCAAGUAUUCUUUUAGCUCUCCUGGUCAACACUUCAAGAUUCCUUGAAACCGAAUCUGCCAGCGUCUGCAUUGAUUUCACUCAGUGUGGAUGUAACUCUGAUCAUUUAUCAUCUAAACGGAUACGCGUUUACGUCAAACCUACAAAACUUCGGCUGAACAGGGAAUACAUAAUCUACUACGGAACUUGGGGCUGGGUUGUUCUGACAGGUUUAAUUCCCUUCUUGGUUCUGGUAGUUCUAAACACCCAGAUCUAUGUUGCUCUCAAGGAUCUCAAGAAGAGGAUUAAUCAGAGCACUGGGAACAGAGGAGUAUCCCCAACUGACAGACUCGCUCAGCCUGCUAAUCCUCUGGCUGAGGCUUUGAGGGAAAGGCGGGCUGUUCAACAGAGUAAGGAGUGCAAUCUAGCAAUUGUGCUCUUAGCAACCGUUCUCAUGUUCAUUGUUUGUCAUCUACCCAGGUAUUCAUUGUUCUCUAAGCAACAGUUCUCAUGUUCAUUGUUUGUCAUCUACCCAGGUAUUCAUUGUUCUCUAAUCAACAGUUCUCGUGUUUAUUGUUUGUCAUCUACCCAGGUAUUCAUUGUUCUCUAAGCAACAGUUCUCAUGUUCAUUGUUUGUCAUCU